AUGGCAGAGCUUCCUCCCCGCGUCCAGGGCUUCCUAGCCAACAAUGAGACAUGGUCCAAGAAGCUCCAACCUUUUCCGACCAUGAAAGAGCUUCGACGUGCCGCUUUCAGUGGCGAGCGAAAGGGCAUUCUCAUAUUGACUUGCCUCGAUCCUCGUUGCGUCCCUGAACAGUACUUUGGCCCAAACAUAGGCGCUGCGGUCAUCAGGAACGCCGGAGGGCGAGCCAACGACGAUGUCGUGAAGAGCGUGCUGUUGCUCAGGUCAUUGGCUGACGCUGAUGUUCUUCUCGUUGUUCACCACACCGAUUGCGGCGUGAUGCAUCUCACCCAGCGGCAGAUCGUAGAAGAGGCAAAGAAGCGCACACCACAAGCCGCAGACAGAAUUGUAUCUCUGGGUGAUUAUGGCUGUUUUACGGAGAAGGAGCUGGAGCAAUCUAUCAAAGAAGAUGUGCUGAAGCUUAGGGCAGAGAAAGCUCUUGAGGGCGUGCAGGUGAUCGGGUUCACGAUGGAUUUGAAUGACGGCAUCGUCAGACAGGUUAACGUUUGA